AUGGGRUCYAAAUGCUGCAAAAACCAAUCCGGYGAYUUUGAGCCCGAUCGGGAGCAACGAAAAGCAGACAUUGACACAAGUUGGCCAGUCGACAUUGAAGACAUCAACUACACCACAUUUGUUCUCCCUGACGUACAACUAAAAAACAGGAAACUAACGCUUGAUUUAAGCUCUUUAAAACUCAAAGAAUUCCCCAGCGAAGUAAUGGAAAUUCCUCAAAUUCAAGUCCUUUUACUCAACUCCAAUAACAUCGUUAGUUUUCCUUACAAAUUCUUCACCUUGCGGAAUUUAACAGAGUUGUUUAUCAAGAAUAAUUCUCUYGAGUAUCUACCGGCGCAGAUCUGCACGCUUGUACARCUUGAGGUAUUAGAUGUGAGCUGUAACAAGAUAAGCUCAUUGCCUUACAGUAUGAGUCAUUUGUACAAGUUACGGUCACUCAACUUGAAGUACAAUAACUUGUCCAGUUUACCAAGCAGUCUGCAUUAUCUCACAGKACUAUGGUAUCUUAAUUUAGCUGGAAAUAAGUUCCAAAGUAUACCAGAUGAAAUUCUGUCUUUGCACAAGUUAGAAAUUCUUGUAAUGAGUGAUAACAUGGUAGCGUCUUUGCCUACUGGUUUGACCCAGUUAGCUUGUCUUAAACAGCUUUACCUGGAUGACAAUCGUUUAACUUURAUCCCAAAACCUUUACAGCCAUACUUAAGGGAUUUAGAUGUCAUAGAGCUAAAGAAUAACUCGGCUGAAAUGGUUUUAAAGAGCGAUGUUAAAAAAGCGCACACAGAGAAGGACAAGAAAAAGAAGGUCCAACCCAUAGAAAAUGGCRGUAAUCCCGCAACAGUCCCGCGGGAUAAAACUGCGGUCUUUUCUGAGAUCAAUCUGGAAGAUAGCGAUGAAGAUUUUCGGGAAAUGUUUAAAGGAGAUCAAAAUCUUGAAUAUCUUGACUCGCAUGAUGCUSARCCUGGUGCUACCGAGCGCAUGCGCAGAAAAGCCAARAGCGCCAAACAAAAGACCCAAGAUGCACUGCGCCCUUCGCCAAAAUGGCGGAUACUUGUACGUGAACUAAGAAAAGCAGGYUUUUUACCGAAAAAGAAACCUAAAAAGCCAAACAAACCCAGUGAGCCAAAGCCGAGRGGCAAAAAGCCUAAAGCGCCGUCACAAAUGACAUGGAGAGGGUGGCGAGUCGACGUCCCGCGUCGMCCUGUCGUUAUGAAAACUCCUGCAAAGAAAGCAAAAAAGGAAGCGGUUUCGGCACCGGAAGUUGAUAUGUACGGUCACCCUUUGGCUGUUACCAGGCUCUUUCCUCCAAUUGAGGACGUGGAAGGAAUGCUAACACUGGAUUUGAGUUUGCAGAAGUUGAACCAGUUCCCGGUAAAAGUGUGYCAAUUGGACAAGCUUGAUAUUUUAAUGUUAGACUACAAUAAAAUCCACUAUGUUCCUACGCAAGUCAGGGACAUGACUGAACUCAAGGCGCUGCAUUUGUCUAACAAUGAUCUGGAUGUGCUUCCUGAGAAUCUACGGUAUUUGAACUGGCUUAAGAUUCUUUAUUUGAAGGACAACCAUCUCAAAGUGCUACCYGAUUGGUUGGCCAGCUUUCUCUCUCUUAAAUUUAUCUCGUUGGAACAUAAUAAGUUUAUAUGCAUGCCAAGCGAGUUGUGCAGUUUGUAUUCGUUGGAGACUUUAGUYAUGAAYAGAAAUAAAAUCACAGAGAUACCCAGAAAAAUCAACCAACUUUCCAAGCUUAGAGAACUUUACCUUGGAAGAAACAGAGUCCAACACCUUCCUUUCAGYAUCACCGAGCUUAAACAUCUCAASAUCCUCGCGAUGGAAGAGAAUGGAAUGAYUUCUAUACCAUACCCAGUUUUUGGSAUCGCAACACUCAACAUUCUCCAYCUGGAGGGYAACARAAUYAAGUCGAUUCCUUCAGAUAUCAACGCCUUGCGAAACCUCAUYGAGCUCGACUUAAGCAAGAAUGAGCUCACAGAAUUACCYUAUGGAUUCMGAAAUAUGGCGACUCUGAGAAAAAUCUCGCUAAGAGCAAAUCACUUGGAAGUCUUCCCAGAAGACCUUUGCAAGCUUCCUCAACUGUGCCACCUGGAUAUAAGUCACAACAAGAUAAGAUAUUUACCUGAAUAUGUACGGUGUAGUAUCAGUGAAAUGGAAGGGAUUAUGUACUUUGAUGUCUCGUUUAACAAUCUCAAUGCAAUUCCACGAAACAUUGGUAAGCUUGUCAGUCUUGAGGUAUUGCAUAUCGAAGGGAAUCCUUUGGUGGAGUUACCUGACACUCUCGUGCAACUUGUUAAUCUACAAAAGCUUUAUUUGGACAAAGCGCUUAAGAUUCCUUUAGGGCUGUAUAAGAUCAAGAAC